AUGUUCGUGGAGCGCCGUUUGCCCACCGUCCACCGACUAGGGGAGCCUGUGGAGUCUUCUUUGAACCAGACUCACGAGCACUGGUCCGUUGAACCGCGCUCCGCCAUGGCUGCGUCGUCGCACAACCCAUAUCCACGAUCUCCUAAUCCCUCCACCAGGUCGUACGACUCAUCUUCAGUCUCCUCUGCCACAUCUCCGAGACAACCUGCCCAGUACAUCCCGCGAGGUCUGAUGAACACUGGAGCGAGAACAACUGCGGCACCACCUCCUCAGCCCAUUGGCAUCCCACCUCUACCGCCAAUGAACCAAAACGCCUUUACGCCUUACACACCAGUGACUGCUGGCUCAAUGAUGGGCCGCGACUCUCUGCCAUCGGCCGAUUCCGUGGCAAGCACACCUGGCCCGUCAACAGCUUCACUACCCCCAAUUUCCCAAGCUCAGAAGAGGGCGUACAGGCAGAGAAGGAAGGACCCGAGCUGCGAUGCAUGCCGUGAGAGAAAGGUCAAAUGCGACGCUACAGAGACAACGAGUUGUUCGGAGUGUUCAAGCCGCAAUGUCAAGUGCCAAUUUACAAAAGAGACUAACCGACGGAUGUCCUCGAUCAAGCAGGUGCAGGACCUAGAGAAGCAGAUGGAACGCCUCAGGCGGGACAAUCUCAACUUGAAGAGAGCGCUCCAGGAGCGGGACGGUGCGAUGGACGUGGAUCCGGAUGGUCUUGAGCAGUUGCCCCUUCAGCUACCGGAGCUAGGAGUCGAGAUCAAGCGAAGAAAGCGGCCAGCCCCUAUUCACGACUUGGCGCGGGCAAGAUCGAAUAUGCGCAUUUUCUCCAGAGGCAUCUGGAAAGCACCUGCUCAGUACCGCCAGGCACCUUCGACGCCAUUGUUUGAUCCUCAGAGACCAGACUUGCCUCCCAGGCAGACGACUGACCAGCUCCUGCACACCUACUACGGCUCCGCGCACACCAUGUUCCCUAUCCUUCAUUGGCCAACAUUUCAGAUGGGAGUCGAAGACCUCUACAGAAUCGGCAACACGAAGUCCGUGCAGCCGGCAUGGUUAUCAACGUUCUUCGCGGCUCUGGCACUCGGCAGCCUAUUCACCCAGGAUCCCCAUCGCGCAUUCCGGGCGGCGGAACUACUGGAAGUUGCCAGGGGCAUGAUCGACCCUUGGAACAACGACUACGUCCUUGACAACGUACGCGCACUGCUUCUCGUUACUCUCUGUCUCAACGAGAUGAACCAGAAGUCUGCUGCCUGGACAUGGCUGGGCACGGCAGUACGAGCUGGACAAGACUUGGAAUUGUACUCGGAAUCCGGACCGUGGCCUGUGAUUGAAGGCGAAACGCGACGGCGGGUAUGGUGGACGAUCUAUAUACUGGACAGAAGUCUGGCUCUCGACCUUGGCCGCCCGGUGCUAAUCGACGACACUGACUGCGACGUGUCGCUCCCGGCCCCGGUGGACGACCAUUAUAUUCACGAGGGAGGCAUUAUGGUUCCUCCCGGCCGCGAGCCCCUGAACCACUCCCUCUUGGCUGUUAUCAACGUCGUCAGGUCAUAUUCUUCUUUGAUCAAGACACUGGCUGCCCCAAUCGUGGUGCCCACCAGGCUCGCAACCUUCGAGACGCACUUCAACGCCUGCCAUGCACAAUUCCCUCAAGUAUGCGACACAGCCAGCACAGGGCAAAUAUCGCCUCACCUCCUGACGCCCUACACCUACCUUCUCCACGCUCGUCUCGCAUUACACCGCCACAACCUGGCUCCGACUUGCCCGUCCGAUGUACGUCUUGCUGCCAUGGAGCAAUGUACUCACAUUGCUCUUGAAACAGCGUCGCUCCUUUCGCGUGCAACCCCGACCCUUGCCGACGGCGCUACUGCUCUCCUCACCACCCACACGUUCCGCUGUGCCCUCUUUCUCCUUCUGGCAGGAUACUGGGACCAUGCAACGACGUGUCUGCGUGCUCUAGCGACCAUAGACUCGAAACGCGAUGUUGCCAUCCCCUGUGGACGAUUCCUCGCCUUCUUCGUAUCUACACUAGGCACAAAGCGCUCCGAGUAUGCGGCAUUUGUCGCCCGCACGACGCCUCCGAAACCAUUUGCCCCACCUCCUCCACCCCAUGGCCGUUCCGGACCUACCCCGCUGCAGGAGGCUCUGAUGCAGGAUGAGGAGCUCCUGGCAUAUGUCAGCGCCGAUCUGCAGGCGGCGCCAGACUCGGCUUGGGUCUGGGCCGGCGGCGAGCGCGAGGCCAUCCUCUCCCCGACCUCCCCCGGAUCGAUCACAGCUUCUGGCGGUGCCAGCAGCGGGCUCUUCAGCGCUGAGCAAAGAACUGGCUUGAGCGAGGAGGAAGUCAAGGAGUGGGGAGGGUGGGAGCGCCUUGAGGCAGCCUUGCGAGGGCUGGCCUCGGGCAACACUACGCCCACGCCGACAUCCGCGACUUGGACAUCUGCUCUACCGGCCGGGAUCAAGACCGAAGGCACGCCGACGUUACCGAGCAUAAUCCCUGGCCCCGGCGAAGGCAGCAGCACCAACAGCCCAACAACGAGCACCAAGGGCCGGCCCCAGGACAGGUUGAGCAUCGCAAACAUCAUCUAG